AAGUUAUGGUCUCAAGGUCAAAUAACUGGAUGCCAAUCGCAUAGUCAAAGCAAAUAUCAUAGCAUAUUUGCAUAAGGAGGAAAAAAGAAGCUGCAUUAAGUUCCAUUCAGAAUCUUCAGUAGUACGGUGUUUACUGUGUUGUACUGCUCAAUUUAAACAACCCAAAAGAGGGUUGAUGUUAUUCUAAUGAAAACAAGGAAAUUCAGUGCAGACUAUGGCUACAUACAAAUGCAUGCUGUUCUAAAACCUCAAAACAGUGUGUUUGUGACAACUGAGGAACAGUCGAAUGGGCUUAUUUCCCUUAUUUUUGUAAUUUGUUUUUGACUCGUAGCAUUACAAACCAUUGUGGUACAUGAUUUUUAACCUCAGGAUGAUUCCAAUCAUCAUUUUAAAUGAUGCACUAAAAUGCUAUUCUGCUUUGGUAAAAGUAAUUUUUUUGUGUCUGUAUUAUAUGGGCCUCUAAUGGGAGGGAAUAUGCAAAGAAAUCAUACUUUGCCUAAGGUGAUUUAUUUGCUUGAUAACUGCGCUAAGAGGUACAAUGGUAAAAGUUAUUAUAUGCUUUCAGAAGAGGCGGCAUUGAUUUCUUAAAAGUUUUCAUGCUUUAGUGCUCCUGAUGUACAGAUAAACCUUCAGAUAUUCUAAUCUAGCUUUUAUAUCUCAAAUAUAGGGCACUGAGGAUUGGGUUAUUAUAGACAAAGUACCCUCUGAGGUAGUUGAUGGUGAAUCGAAAAAAAAUCUGGCAUACAAAGUAGUGACUGUGAGCAGUAAAACUACUCUUCCACCUGAGAUAUUAAAAUCCAGUACCAUUCUAAUGCAGAGCUUUGAGGACUUGGAAAGUGAAAUACAAUCCAAAGAGGAGAAUAAGCAGAAAAUGCUCACUCUAGGAAAGUCUUAUGAUACCGUAUCCGGGAAAAUUGUAACUAUGACAAGUAAAGCUAAAGAGGGUGAGAAAGCAGUACAGCCUUCAGUAGAAGCUUUGCAAAAAAUGGAAAGGGAAGUGCAAGAAUCUGUGAAAAUCAUUCCCGUAGUGUCCGAGUAUGAAAUCCUCAAGCCUGUCACUGAUGAGAAAGCCAGGUGGGGAUCCGACGUGCAGAGCACAAAAAGAAAGAUGUCUGACUCUUUGACACCCAUAAAGGAAGCAGAAUUACAGUUAAAAAGUCCUGAAGAGGAGAGUUUGAAAAAGACACUCAAGAUGGACCAGGAUUUGCAGUUACAUGGUACACUGGGAAGCUUGCAGCAUGGCAAAGCAGAAAAACAACUUGGCAGUGAAGCUAUAAAAGCAGGGGCAUUUGCCCGGAGAGAUAAGAGCCUGUCUGAGUGGAGAUAUUCCAGAGAACAGCCAUUUACCAUUGCUACUGCUCACUAUGUUACUGAGUCGUCUGCGUCCAAAGUAGUGGUAACAAGUGGCUUUGACUUCACGCCAUGGUUUAAAGAUUAAAGCAUGACUUCUUUUAGGCAAUCCCCUCACACCACCCUACCUUUUGGUUCUCUUGCUGCCUGGCUUUAUGUUGACAGCAGACAACCCAGCUUAUUUUUUUUCCCCUCAUACUUUGAAUCCGUCCACAGUCUGAAGCAGCCAUUACAUAAGGCUUUCAACCUUUCUGGUUUAUUUAAAGAUCCAUGUUACUGAAAUGUAGUAUUGCUGCUGUGGCUUGUUAAUAAAAGGAAAAAAAAAAAAGGUUUGCUUGAACCAGCAAAAUGCCAACGCUAACAACUAUGCUUUGUAACUACUGCUUACUACAGCCAUUAUGAAUAUGCUCUGAUUUAUUUUCCCAUUCUGUUCCUGUUUCCAACCUCUCUGUGCUCCCGCAACCUUCUCUCCCUUUCCUCUAUUUCCGCCUUCAGUUUUAGUAAUUAACAUGUCUGUGCAUGUGGGUCUGCCUUUCUUCUGUGUAUGACUCUACAUUUCUUUGUCUAUUUAGACUAAACAGUCCACCAGUGAAAAAACCUUGGAUGGUUCAGAUAUCUUCAGUUUAAUAGAGUCUGCCAGAAAACCGACUGAGUUCAUAGGAG